UAGCAAGCUUUCCAUGAAGAUCUUCAUGUUUUUGGUAGUUACUAAAAUGACCAUCCGUACUCUCUGUCCUCGCUCACUUCUCCGCAUCCUUUCCUUCGGCCUCCACUCAGUCGCCGCCGGCGACGAGCCUACCAUCACAGCCACAGUAAACGACCUCUGCCGCCUACUAAGCGACUUCCGCUCCCAACACCACGACCUCGAAUCUGCCCUCUGUCCCUUCUCCUCCUCUGUCUCCCCCGCCGUCGCCGAGCAAGUCCUCAAGCGCUGCCGCCAUCUUCCAUCUCCUUCACACCGCUUCUUCAUCUGGUCAUCCUCCCUCCCAUCUUUCCUCCACACUCCUACCUCCCACUUUGUACUCCUCGACCUCCUAGCCUCCAACCGUCUCUUUCCUCUUUCCUGGACCGUCAUCUCCGACUUCCACCCCCAUUUUUCCCACUCCAACUCCUUUCGCCUCCUUUUCCAAGCCUACUCACGCGCCUCGCUCCCGCACGAUGCCAUCCGCGCCUUCCGUAGAAUGCCCGACUUCGGGCUCCAACCUACUAUAGACGACCUCCACCACCUAAUCUCAUCUCUCUGCCAUCAAGGCCUUGUAAUCCCAGCGCAAGAAUUUUUCCAUGAAUGUAAAGCUGAGUUCUCUAUUACGCAGAAAACCUACACGCUUCUCAUGAACGGUUGGGCCUCGGUUAGGAAGCCGAAGAAUGCCCAGCACCUUUUCGACGAAAUGCUGCAACAACAUCUCCUUGUCGAUGUCUCUGCUUAUAAUUCGCUCAUGGCAGCAUUUUGUAGAGGGGGAGAGCUUGACGAGGCUCAUAAACGGUUCCAGGAGAUGAGAACAUUGCAGAGGCUUGAGCCGAAUGCUGGAAGCUACGCGGUUUUCAUUCGAGCUUAUUGUGAAGCGAAGGAUCUCAAUUCCGCCAUGAGAGUCAUCGAGCACAUGAAAAUGCAUGACCAAACACCGAACGUAUUCACAUACAACGCUAUCAUCAAGCUGUUAUGUGAGAAGAAGAAGGCUGAUGAGGCCUACCAACUGCUUGAUGAAAUGAUUGAAAGAGGCGCUAAGCCUGAUACUUGGAGCUACAAUGCAAUACUAGCUUUGCAUUGCAAGAUUCAGGAGGUUAACAAGGCACUUAGGCUUCUUUCUAGAAUGGACAGAGACUCUUGCUUGCCCGACCGGCAUACAUAUAAUAUGUUACUGAAGAUGUUGAUUGGCAUUGGUAGGUUUGAUCGGGUAAUUGAGGUUUGGGAAAGCAUGGAGAAGCGGGGUUUCUUUCCUUCUGCAUCAUCUUAUGCUGUUAUGGUUCAUGGGUUGUGCAGGAAGAAGGGGAAGAUUGAAGAAGCUUGUCGUUAUUUUGAGAUGAUGGUGGAUGAGGGCAUUCCACCUUAUCCCAGUACUUGUGAGGUACUCAGAAGAGAGCUUCAACGGUUAGGAAUGGGAAGGAGGAUUGAAGUGCUGGUUGAUAAGAUGAAGAGGAGUACUUCUUGCAGUAUACAAGAGCUUUCUAAUGCCAUGGAUGCAAGCCAGAUAGUUGAAGGGCAUACCUGAAUUUAUUGCUGGUAAACAUGAAUUUGAAGUUUCAAAACAAAGGUAUUAGAAAUUUACAAGCGCAUAUGAGCUUUCAAGUGCGUUGCAACGUAGUUUGUGUUAUAGUCUAGCACUUUAAGAAGACCACAGAAACUGGUGUGCUUACUCGUGAAUGGGAAAUUUUAGACUUGCUUCAACAAUACCGUUGACUGUGACAAAGAACUGCUGCAUUCUGUCCUUUGAGGUUUUUGGGUUACACUCAUUUGCUUCAUUCAUUUGUAGGCAAGCUUCACGAGAAACAGCAAUGAGGUCUCUUGUUUGCGGGAUUAUAGCUUAGGUUUUUAAUGCUGUAUUCAUGGGAGAUGACUAGUGGGAAACUACGCACUUUCAAAUAUAUCAUUUCAAGGGAUAUUAGAGAACAUAAGUCCUCUGAAGCAUCAGCAAUGUAUUAUAGAAGAUCGUUCAUGCGACAUCGAAACCCGCUCAAAUUGAGAAAAGGGCAGUUUUUGAGGUUUGUUUCAGUUAAUCCUGAAGUUGGGGAAGGGUUUCCCUAUUUUGGGGUGGAUUCUUCAAAUAUGGAGAGGUGAGAAGGGAAUGAGAUCAUAGUGGAGUUUGGGACUUCAUCACAAUCGAUCAUCUAAGCUUCUAUACUUUCUCCUCAUCUAUCUUAGCCCUGUCAUUUCAAUUUCUAGAGAUCGUCCCCCAAGUGGUAACAAGAACUUGUACGGGAGCAGUCUCAGCGAAUCUGCACUUCUGCGGAUACCUAAAGACCUGAAUUCAGAUUUUGAGAAUUGCCAUACCCAGUUGAAACAUUAUUAACAACAAUCCUGAAUCUCAAUCUCCCAUUUCUUGAACAAAGAGGAACAUUUUGAAUCAGCCAAGCAUUGGUGGUUGAGGUUUUCAUCUGCUAUUCCAGACAUCUCUUGAAAAAUAUAAUUGGCUUGCUGUUUGCUCUCUUUUCUCUCUUUCUUUUUCUCUACUAUGAGCUAAGGAGUAGGAUACUUAGGUUUUGUUUGGGACAGCUUCUUAUUGCUUUCUAAAAUAGUUUUCUACUAUAAAUUUUUGUAUUGAAAAGCUGCUUUACAAAAUAGUAAAAAAGUUGUCCCAAAUGAAGCUUUAAUUUAAUUGGUGCAUGCUUGUUUAUAAAUUUCCAUUAUUCGGAACGGGAUAUGUGGUUAUGCUUAGUGACCAAAUUUUAUUUUAGCUAUGAAAUUUCAAACUGCA